AUGCUUUACGGCCAAAAUCUACCGUGGCGGAUUGCGCUUCGAAAUGUAACCAUUAAACAAAAUACAGAAGUUUCGAGUACAAUAUUGAGGAGGACAAUCAGACAGUAUCAUGGCAGAACCGCACAAUCGUCGGUCUCUUUACGAUCUCGUUCCAUUCAGUCGGGUCUCGGUGGCGUCGCGAGAUUUUCAACAUGUCCUGCUCUGCGAAAAGAUGUCCCGAAAGACUUGUUCAAUCAAGCAGAAAUAACAGCAGCGGAAGAGAAGAAACAGAAAAAGGCAAAGGUUAAGACUGAAUCAGUUGAGGAAGUCAGUGGCGAGAAGGCAAUAGAAACCAAGAUCAAGACAGGCGAAGCAACGUCUUCUGGUAGUAACACUUCUUCUGGAAGUGCGGCUGAUGGGAAAGGGAGCACUGCCGGUGGUGCAGGAGAUUCUGGCAAUAAUGAUGGCGGAAAGAAAGGUCGCAAAGGAGCUUCGGAAAAGGCUUUACAAAAAGCUAUGGUUCCAGAGGUAUAUCCACAAGUGAUGGCAAUUCCAAUCACCAAGAGACCUCUUUUUCCUGGAUUCUACAAGGCUGUCACUGUGCGAGAUCCCAAUGUUGUAGCUGCUAUUCAGGAUAUGAUGAAGCGGGGUCAGCCAUACAUUGGAGCUUUCUUAUUCAAGGACGACAAUAUGGAUAAAGAUGUCAUUGAGAACAUUGAUGAUGUACAUGAUGUUGGAGUUUUCGCACAAAUUACUAGCGCUUUUCCUGUUCACGGAGAUGAUUCUGCCUUGACUGCUGUACUUUAUCCACAUCGUCGAAUCAAGAUGUCUGCUCUGAUCAGUCCUGAGCGUGAGAACUCUGAUGCAAAUAAGAUCGAGGGCACGCAGGCUGAACCACCUGUUCCCGAGAUCAUACCUCCAAAGGCUGCAAAGGAGGAAUCUUCUGAGAAGAAGGGUGAUGUUGUAGCUAGUUUCGAAGAAGGAACGGUAACGCAGAAAGCUUCAGACCAACCUGUAUUGCCAUACGAGCCAAUAUCGUUCUUACGCAAAUACCCAGUAAGUUUUGCAAACGUGGAGAAUUUGACCGAAGAGUCAUAUGAUCCUAAAAGCCCCAUAAUCCGUGCUGUUACAAAUGAGAUUGUAAAUGUGUUCAAGGAAGUGGCAACUCUCAACAGUCUCUUCCGAGAUCAAAUCUCCACAUUUUCAAUGAGUCAGUCAUCGGGCAACGUUAUGUCGGAGCCUGGAAAACUUGCGGAUUUUGCUGCGGCCGUUUCUGCUGGCGAGGUCUCUGAGCUUCAAGAUGUGCUUGAGACUCUCAAUAUUGAGGAGAGAUUACAAAAGGGUUUGACUGUCUUGAAGAAGGAGUUGAUGAACGCUCAAUUGCAAUCUAAAAUUUCAAAAGAUGUUGAGAACAAGAUUCAAAAGCGUCAACGCGAAUAUUACUUGAUGGAGCAGUUGAAGGGUAUUCGUAGAGAGCUUGGUAUUGAAUCUGAUGGCAAAGAUAAGCUCGUUGAGAAAUUCAAGGAGAAGGCAGCCAAGCUUGCCAUGCCGGAAGUAGUCAGGAAAGUUUUUGAUGAGGAAAUCAACAAACUAGCACAUCUUGAACCAGCUGCGUCUGAGUUCAAUGUCACGAGAAACUACUUGGAUUGGUUGACACAAAUCCCAUGGGGUCAACGCAGUGCAGAAAACUUCGGGAUCAACAAUGCUAUGACAGUACUUGACGAAGAUCACCAUGGUCUGAAGGAUGUGAAAGAUCGUAUCUUGGAAUUCAUCGCGGUUGGCAAACUCAGAGGUACCGUAGAGGGUAAAAUCUUAUGUUUUGUUGGCCCUCCCGGUGUUGGUAAGACAAGUAUUGGUAAGAGUAUUGCCAGAGCUCUCAAUCGUCAAUACUACAGAUUUAGUGUGGGAGGUCUCACAGAUGUUGCGGAAAUCAAGGGUCACAGAAGAACAUAUGUUGGAGCACUUCCUGGAAGAAUCAUCCAGGCGUUGAAGAAAUGCCAAACUGAAAAUCCAUUGAUCCUGAUUGACGAGAUUGAUAAGAUUGGUAGAGGUCAUCAAGGUGAUCCAGCAUCUGCACUUUUGGAAUUACUGGAUCCUGAACAAAACACCUCUUUCCUCGACCAUUACCUUGAUGUCCCUGUGGAUCUUUCUAAAGUUCUCUUUGUCUGCACAGCCAAUAUGACCGAUACUAUUCCUCGUCCUUUACUUGAUCGUAUGGAGAUGAUUGAAUUGUCAGGAUACGUUGCGGAUGAAAAGAUGGCCAUUGCGGAGCGCUAUCUUGGACCCGCAGCCAAGGAAUUGGCUGGUUUGAAGGAGGUUGAUGUUAACCUCAGUAAAGAAGCCAUUGAGGAACUCAUCAAGUCGUACUGCAGAGAGUCUGGUGUUAGAAACCUCAAGAAACAGAUUGAAAAGGUUUACCGUAAAUCUGCUCUGAAGAUUGUCCAGGACCUUGGAGAGAGUGUUCUUCCUGAAGAGGAAGCUUUGACAGAAGAAGGCAAAGCAGCUCUAGAGGAAUCCAAGAAAGAUGAGACUGAUGUCAAGGAAACACCUGAAACAAUUGAAAAGGAGACUACUGAGGUACCUCGAGUAAGUCUUAAGGUUCCUGAUGAUGUACAUGUCACCAUUGGAAAGGAUAACCUCAAGGAUUACGUGGGUCCACCAGUCUUCACUUCGGAUCGUCUAUAUGAUGUUACACCUCCUGGUGUAGCUAUGGGUCUAGCUUGGACACAAAUGGGUGGCGCCGCAUUAUACGUUGAAUCCAUCCUCGAAAGUGCCUUGUCCCCCUCCUCCACCCCUGGUCUCGCUACCACCGGUAAUCUCCAAGCUGUCAUGAAGGAAUCCACCACAAUCGCUUAUUCCUUUGCCAAAUCGGUCAUGGCCAAAAACUUCCCUGAUAAUCACUUCUUCGAUAAGGCGAAGUUACAUCUUCACUGUCCAGAGGGAGCAGUUCCAAAAGAUGGACCGAGCGCGGGUAUUACAAUGGCUACUUCGUUGCUUUCGCUAGCACUGGAUAGACCGCUUGAUCCAACUAUUGCUAUGACGGGUGAACUUACUGUUACGGGUAAGGUACUCAGGAUUGGAGGAUUAAGAGAAAAGACUGUAGCUGCAAGAAGGGCGGGAAGCAAAAUGAUUAUCUUCCCAGAUGAUAAUAUGAGCGACUGGUUGGAACUUCCAGCUAAUAUCAAAGAUGGAAUUGAAGGUAGACCCGCCAAAUGGUAUUCGGAUGUUUUUGAUCUCGUCUUCCCAAAUCUGGAUAAAGAGGCAGCGAAUGGGCUUUGGAAAGAUAGAUUAGUGAAGAAGAAGGGGGAGAAGAAUGGAGACGAUGAGUGA